UUUGCUCAUUGUUAUGAUUUUGACAUAAAAUGACAUUAAGUUCAUAACCUCUGAAUUCGUUCGAAAUUUUAUUUAUUAUUUGAAUUGAAAAUAAUCAUGAAUUUGUCUGUGAGACCGAAACUGCUAAGAUCUAGCCUCUUAAGUAUUUUUCGCUCGGCUACAACUGUUCCAGAGGUGGAACAAAAUGAACAAGUCUUGAUCGACGAUACAGAAGAUGCACUGGCAAAAGAAGCAGAGAUUGAGAAAAAGAGAAAUAUAUCACGACUAUCACCUGCACAUCAGAAUGUGAUGCACAAGAGGCGACCUUAUGAGGAACCUAAAACGUUAGCCCAUCUUACUGUUAAAUAUAAUCGCAAGUUGUAUGGAAAAUAUGGGGCAGUCAGCGGUGUUAAUCCCAGUAUUUGCUGGCCAACCAAAAAUGACAUUGCAGAAAGGCAGGAAUAUGAAGCCGUAGCAUAUCCCUUUACGAUACAACAAAUGAUGGAAACAGUGGAACAGAGAAAGCAAGAGCAGCAGUUAAGAAUAGAACAAAGGGAUAAGGAUGUAGCAGCCAAGUUUGCCAAAUUGGACCAGUGGAAGAAAGAAUUGCAUGAUAAGAUGGCGAAGAAGGCUGCUGAAGUUGAAGCUGCUAAGCAAAAGAAAGAGAGACUUGUUGAAGAAGUCAGGCGUCACUUUGGCUUCACCCUCGAUCCUCGUGAUGAGAGGUUCCAAGAAAUGUUAGCCAAGCGGGAGAAAGAACAAAAGAAGCGAGAGAAACAGGCUAAAAUAGAGGCUAAGGAGAAGAUGAUGAUCGCCAAGAUACAGCAGAAAAAGGUGGAUGAUAAAGGAGCAGCAAAGAGCACUUGAAUAGGUAUAGAAUUUUAUAGUUUAGUGUGUAAUAUACUGUUAAUUUAGAAA